AAGCGAGCCCUGGGUUUUGCAGGAGUCGGGAGAGCCGGCGGGAUCCCGUUGUUGGAGGAGCCAAUGCAAAUAACGGGGUGAAGAAGUCUCAAAAUCAAGGUACGGAACUAACCACAGCACCAGUUAAUGUGGCACGAGUAGUGCAUGGGGCGUACAACUUCAGUGACUGUCCUAGAAGGUGAAUAAGCUCCGUCCUCGGAGGAAAUGUAUUGCACUGGAACCGCUGUCCUCUGUCAAAUUUGAACCGGUUCAGCAUCCACUCGGCAUUGGAGCCUGAAUGAGGACCUCAUGAACAUGCACCAUAGAAGGUCUACCCAACCUUCAGCACAUUCCACAGAUUCCUGGUCUAGAAGAGAGAUGAAAAGAAAUGAGAACAAAUUCAUCCCAGACCGCCAUGCAGCAGCAAUUCAGUGAGAGAUAGGAGAGCACACCCAGUGGCCCUUGAGUCCCUCCUAAGACCCACAACCAUUGCUCACCACCAACAAAGCCACCAUGACCUCUGAACUAGGGAGCAGCCUGACCUCCAUGGACUGGCUUCCCCAGCUCGCCAUGCGGGCGGCCGUCCAGAAGUCAGACACAGAGCUUCACGGCCACGGCCCAGCCAAAAGGAGUGCCGCUCUGGAUGUGGGCAACAGGCUGGACCAGGAGGGGUCAACCCAGCACCGGGAUGGAAAGCCACCCUACAGCUACGCCAGCCUCAUCACCUUCGCCAUCAACGGCUCACCACAAAAGAGAAUGACCCUGAGCGAGAUCUACCAGUGGAUCUGUGACAACUUCCCCUACUACCGAGAGGCUGGCAGUGGUUGGAAGAACUCUAUACGGCAUAAUCUGUCACUGAACAAGUGUUUUCUCAAAGUGCCUCGCUCUAAAGAUGACCCUGGAAAAGGGUCAUACUGGGCUAUAGACACCAACCCAAAAGAGGACACACUACCCACCAGACCAAAGAAGAGGUCGCGCUCUGGAGAAAGAGCCUCCACCCCCUACAGUCUAGAGUCGGAGUCCCUGCGAAUGGACUGUAUCAUGUAUGGAGAUACAUCUCCCCCUCUGGCAACCAGCACUGCGGCCAACAAGUUGGGGUUGUACAACAUGGAGCAGGAGGGCAGCGACAGCCCCCGUCACAGCCUCAACAACAGCCUCUCCGACCAGAGACUGGCCACCGUCGACCUCAACAGCCCGCGCCACAGCCUCAACAACAGCCUCUCCGACCAGAGACUGGCCACCGUCGACCUCAACACCCCGCGCCACAGCCUCAACAACAGCCUCUCCGACCAGAGACUGGCCACCGUCGACCUCAACACCCCGCGCCACAGCCUCAACAACAGCCUCUCCGACCAGAGACUGGCCACCGUCGACCUCAACACCCCGCGCCACAGCCUCAACAACAGCCUCUCCGACCAGAGACUGGCCACCGUCGACCUCAACAGCCCGCGCCACAGCCUCAACAACAGCCUCUCCGACCAGAGACUGGCCACCGUCGACCUGAACUGUGUUGACAGUGGGCACAGUUACACACCGGUCAGUAGUCACUUGGAGCCCUCUUCCCAUUCUCUAAGUUUACAGCAGCCUCCUCCUCCUCCCCAGUACAGCGUGGCCAAGAGGGACAAGCAGCUCCUCUUUUCCGACUUUGAGAACCUAAGUGCCUCCUUCCGCAGCCUUUACAAAUCUGUCUUUGAGCAGUCGUUCAGCCAGAAAGCAGGUCUGAUGGCUAUGCCCAGUGAAUCGAGCCAGCUGCCACGGCUGUCAUGCUCCUACAGCAGCACCCACAGACACCAACACAACCACAGCCAUAGCCAGCAGAAUUACCCUCCCCACGCCACGCGCAACCAACACCCAGCUCAUCAACACUCUGGACAUGGGCAGCACUCUUCUCAACAGACACAGCACUGCCCACAUGGCCAACACCUCAACAACGAGCAGCAACGGUCAAAACAACGCCAGAGCCACUCUGGGCAUUCAGGACAAAUGACCUGCACUGGUCUGUCAGCCAAUUGGUACCCAAACCUGGACUGGCUAAAGGAGAGCUGUCGCAUUGCCAGUUGCUACAACUGGGCUGAAGUGGACCUUUCUCCAUUCCAAGGACUGAAGGAGAACCUGAGGCAGGCAGAGCUGAACAACUGGUCCCUGGACCCUGCCCAGAUAGCAGACCUUUGCUCCUCCAUCAACCAGCUCUUUGCCCGGACCGGGGUGAUCCCGCCACAGGGGUCGGUGCAACCACAUGCACCGCCUGCCUGUCAUGGUCACAUGCACCCCGGCAAGUCUAGCCAGCACAUUACCCCAGGUGAUCUGUACAUUGACUCCAGACAGGACAUGUCUUCAAUGAUGGGACCGCAGGGUUACCCCCACAUGAGCACAGCAGCCUCCUCUAUGACAGUACACAAUGGCCACAUGAACCAGCAACACAUGCCACCAGGGCACUACCAGAUGAGAAGGCUGCUGCCCACCGAGGACAUCCCGGACCACUUUGACUGGGACUCCAUUGUUUAGAUGUGCCUCAAGGACUGGGAAACAGAGGAACAGCUGCGGGGAAAGAAGAGAAGUAUGGAAGAGUAGUGCAGUCCAUCACCUGCCCUGUGGAGAAUAGCGAAUUUUCCCUGAUCUUGGGUCUUUUUUUAUACAAGAUUACAGAAAGUGACUUUUAAGACAAUCAAAUGUAGAGGACGAUUGCACCAUUGGGAUGGAUACAUUGUUGAGAACAAAUAGCAUUCCUUACAGAUUGAAUUGUCUAGUCACAAUGUUUUGAGUGUAAUGGGUUUAGAAGUUGCUAAAGAAUUAUGACAAGUGAGGGUAAAAAAAAUCAUUUUACACAUGCCUGCAAUCUUGUUUCUUAAAAUGGAAAAUUGUGUUUGUAAUUUACAUGGUGUUUUUUUCUAAGAAGUCAACCGUUGAAGCAAAACUGAAAAGAACGGGCAUGAAUAAAAAUAUAGAACAGAUGUGUAUGAAAGGAUAAUGCCAUUAUAUCUGUUGUCUGGAAACACAUCUAGAACCAUGCCAGUUGGUCCACACAGUACUGUGAUCGUCUUCCCUACAUCUCAUGGAAGUGAGAAGAAAUCCAUGGAAUCCAGUUAGUCACAAAUGUGACAUUAAGUGAAGAGAAGAUGAAUGCUCACGCUAAUUAUGGCCAUGGUUGCUGUUGAUGCCAUGAUCCCGUCCCUGCCUGACUUUAACCAUGCCAACUGUAUGGGACUCAUAUUGUAGGUUGAAGUGACCGUAUGUUGUUACAGCUCAAACCACAUGAUACCACACUUGAGUGUGGUAUUUCAAAUCUUGGAACUUUUUUGAACAUUUGCUUCAGCCCACCUCGAGUAAAAGAUUGGCAGGAUUUACACUUUUGGUCAAGCUCAAUCAAGCACAGCUGAAGUUUUUUUUGGAUUGAUUUCAAAUACAGUAGAGUUUUUACCCAGGUCUGCAUUGCACCUUUACAUUUGUAUUUGAAAUCUCUAAUGUAACCUUUCUUGGUUUUGUGUUUUAUAUAUUGCCACUUUCUUAACUGCUAUCAUGACAAUGUUUUGUAUGCAUCUCCUGUCCUGUCAAAAUACUGGUAUUGUUGUGGUGUGUAGUUCUGUUCUCUCUGGCUUGAUGUGUGUGUUUGUGUGUGUGCGUGUGUGUGUGUGUGUGUGUUUCUGUGUGUGUCUCUGUUUCCUCUGCUAUUUCUGAGUAACACAAAAUGCUGACAUUUAAAUGGAUUUUAGUGUAACAGCCUAACAUUACCCAAAGGUCAAAUGGAUUUAUGUCUUGUUCAUUUUACCUGAUGGCAGGCGUUUUGCCCUCUGUAGUUGAAAUUCUGUGCCAAAUGCACCACAUAAUAAGCUAAAUCAUGUAAAAUGGUGUGGAUACAAAGGGAAACAAAGGCAAAUUACAAAUGUUUCCCUGUGCCUAAACUUGACUUAGUGUUGGACUAAGUCAAAGAGGUUCUGUCACAAAUCAAGUAUUUGUGAUAGAGCAAUAGUGUGUGCUGCACAAGGUCAUAGACCUUAAUCACUAAGUACAUUGCUACAAACAAAUGUGCUGAAUACAAAAUAAUACUUCAAAUGUAGUUAUUAAUAAUAAUAAUAACCACAUUUGUGAAGUAUAAUGAAUCAUGAGAUAUGACAUACAUUUAUUGUGAUACAUUUGGGUUGGUCACCAUUAUUUUUUUCAUUCUGAAAGCUCUGCAGGGCAAUGGGGCUUACGCUAAUAGCCUACGCUAAUAAAGCCACCAGUGUGCCACAACACGAUUGAUAAAACUGCUCAAAUAAACACCAGCAGCUUUCACCCAAAACCACACCUUUUACUAAAGCUUAUUGUUAGAAGCAAUUUCUCUGUUUUAAUAUAUUUCUCUGUGGCCCAAGCCAAUGUGAAUCCCAUGCAUUACACACACAACUUCAGCGCUAAAAGUUAGCUACAACAUUUUUGGACUGAUAGGCCUAACCCUCCACUUAUAAUCAUAGAAAAAUCACAACAGCUCUGUGAGAAAAUAAAAAAUAGUGAGCAAUGUAAGAGAUUUUUUUUAAUCAAAUGACCUGCAUUUGAACUUGUAUACAAGUGAUUUGCCCUCUUUGUGUGUCGUUAACAUACAAAUAAUAACAGUUUGUAUGUUAACGACAUACACAUUUCAAUCCAGUCAACACUAGACUAAAUCAGUAUAAUCAGUAUAAUAACAAAUAAUACACACUGUGAUAUUUGUUAUUGAAUGGCACCAUAGUGACUUUGAAGAAGUCAAAUUGCAGUGGUCAUGACAACAUUUCAUUCAGUGUAAAAAAGAAAAAUGAAUGAAAAAUAAUUGCUCUUGAUCAUUUUCAUCUAGUUUUGGUUUUUGAUGCCUCGACCAAACUGUGUAUUGUAUGUCAGUGUGGAAUUGUGCUUUAUGUAAAUGCUGUAUGUCACUUCAAUCAUCCCUUAAGCCCUCAGUGACGGGUCUCAUGAAUGAUAGAAUGGAAAGUGUUCUAUGUAUUCCUUCUGGAGGGAGAUAAUAUGUAUAUUGUAUAUAUGUGAUCAAUUGCAUUGGCUUUUUGUGGGACACUUCCAUCUGGUAGUUACAAAUGUUUAAAUGUUUAUUAAAACAUUCCUGGAAAUGUUUGCUUAAUUUAACCUUUUUCUGGGUUAACUUUAGUGUCUACUGUCCUAAUCCGUCGAAGAUAUACAAUCCAUGAUUUGUAUAGCUAAAGUUACCACAAAGGUAAAAGUGUAAUUCUUGCUCACAAUAAAUUAUUCAAAAUUUAGCCUAUGAAUUCUGCUACAUAUUUCUUAUUUUGACUUUACUUUGG